AUGCGUCCACACCUCACUUCUCCCAACCGAACUGGAGCCGUGCAGAUCCCACAGCACGUCAUGGGAGCCUGGACGAGGAUCCACCAGAAGCGGGACCUCAUCCAGAAGGCUUAUGAGUGUCCGACGAUGACGCAGCACGAACUGGGUGCGCGGGCCAAGGCGGCGUUCAAGCUCAAGCGGGCGCCCGCCCAAACGACUAUCUCGGACAUCCUGCGGAAGGCGCCCGCUAUCAUGAGCGAUGCGUACGGCGAUGGCAAGCGAGAAGUUGUGGGCGUGGAUCCAGCUGUUGAAGACCAGAACGUGUGCCUCUCGCGGGAGCUGAUCAAGACGAAGGCGCAGGACUUGCAGAAGGAGCUGUGCGACACGUGGGAGUUGAACUUCUCUAACGGAUGGCUUAGUGGGUUUCAGCGUCGUCAUGCCCUACGUUAUCGCAAGCGUCAUGGCGAAGCCGCCUCCGCCGACACUGCGGCUGUUUAUCUAGGUAGACAGCAGCUGCAGGACCUAACCGACCAAUACGCCCCCACGAUAAGCGCCCACGGAGUGAAGAAAACGAAGACACGGAUCACGAUUGCGCUCACGGCUAAUGCCGACGGCUCCGACGCUCUACCUCCGCUCUUUUUGGGACGGGCCAAGCAGCCGUACUGCUUCACGAAGCGCACAGCGUCUCAGCUCGGCUUCGAGUACAAGGCAAAUCAAAAAGCGUGGAUGACGGGUCAAGUAUUCCGCGAAUGGCUGCUCAACCUCGACCGUGACAUGCGAGCGGCGGGAAGGCACAUCUUGCUGCUAGUCGACAAAGUUUUGCCACCAAACACGACUGCUUUUCUGCAGCCAAUGGAUGCAGGAAUAAUUGCCGAGUUCAAGCGUGCGUAUCGUAGAAAGCAGCUACGGUGGGUGUAUGAGAAGAUUAAGCGCGCCGAGCUGAUUAAGAAGGGCGACGUCUAUAAAGUCGACCAGCUACAAGCGAUGAAGUGGAGCAAAGAAAUCUGGCAGGAGCUGCAGGGCAAGACUACAAUUGAAAAUUGUUUUCGCCACACCGGUAUUGUCUUCAACGGAGUAUACGAGCGUAGCAAGAAAUAA